AUCGAAGUUCGAAGUUUCGCGCGUCUGUCUGCAUCCGAGAACUUUUGGCGUUGCAGUUGUGGGACGUUUAACUGCCUGCGUUCACCAUGAAGGUACAGAAAGGAACGCCUCUCCUCCAAGCUCAAACUUAACGCUUCAGUUGGACCGCGCGAAACACGGUAGGUCCGUCUCCUCGAAGUCUAACAGUGGGGCGCACAAACGAUUAAUUGAGAAAAGAUGGGAAAGUGCUGCAUCCCGGGUUGUCGCAACUCCCGCGAACGCAUACCGGGCCUCACGUUUCACCAGAUCCCGUCCAACGAACCGUGGCGGGCCUCGUGGAUGGAGGUACUCACCAAGAACGGCGUCAAGGCGUUCACAGAGUGGACCCUGGUGUGCGGCGAGCAUUUCACGCACGAAGACUACAAGAUGACGGCUCGCAAGAACUUCCUGCUCCCGUCUGCUGUGCCGUCGGUGUUCACCAUCAAACCGUGCAGGAAUGCGCCCAAGAAGCGCGGUCGCAAGCCCAAGGCCUUACUCCAGCAACAGCAACAACAGUUGGCGGCGACGCGACUUGGGGAACCGCAGCGAGUCACAGUUCUGAGGUCCGUAGUGACUGAAGGAAACGACGUCGCUGAUGACGACGACGAAGACUACGACCCCGGCAGCGACGGCUUGCGACGUACGGGGCGUCCCCGCAAGCGGAAGGUCUUUACCGACAUGGUGGUCUACAUGCCCAAAGCGACGUCGGACGACCAGCGUGUCGAGAACGAAGAGAUGCAGACGAUCACCCUGACGUUUCCGCGCGAAGACGAAGACGACAGUCAGGAGCACGUCGCCACGACGUCAUCCUCCGCGACGCUGACGCCUUCGGAAGUCGUGCGCAGCGAAGACUUGCCUCAAGCUGCGACCCGUGACGCGGAGGCACUACAAGGUAGCGAGGACGCCGAAAAGCAACCGCCGAAGAACCUCAACGUCAUCGUGUUCACGAAUCAGCCGCGCCCGGCUUCGAGUUCCGCAAGGAGUCGAAACGACGACCACGAAAGUGUUGUCGACGACCCCUCGACUGACUACCCCGGUAACCCCAGGCGACGCUGUUGCCAGAUUCAGACGCAGCGGUUACUCUUCUACAAGAGCGUCAUCACGAAGCUUAGGAAACGUGUACUCGCGCUGGAGGCCAGUUUAGCCGAGAAAGAAAAAGAACUGGCUUCGAUCGAGGCUCAGAGGGACCUUGACAUGGUUUUGUAGCGACUGGUCUUUAAGAAAAACGAGGUGGCAAUGACGUCCAGGAUGUAAUUGCAUCGCAGGUACUAUGCACAUGAUUUGUUAAUGUUCUUCAUUUGUGACUGUCAAAAAAGACAUGCCUGGUGACUCACAACACGACCUGUUUCAUGUUUGAAAUAAAUGAAAAGCGCAUGGGCAGUAUUCUCAGGUGGUCGCAUUUGGCGACGGCAUCACUUCCCCGAUGCUUGGCUUGGCACAACCAAUGAUAUGGGUUUUCUCACUUUGUCCAACCCUUGUGCAUGUGUGCCUGCAUCCCAUGCUCUCAUUGGUUCUCACAGGCUGUCUUGCAAUCUCUUGGAGUGUUGCUAUAACCAAAAACAAUCGUCCAGGAGUAUCUCCCCAUGUAGCACUUGCA